GAGGCCAAGCUGCACCUGCGCCGGGCCAACCCGUCGCUGUUCCCCAGCCUGCAGGCCCGGGGCAUCCGCCGCGUGCAGAUCCUGAGCCUCCGCCGCAGCCUCAGCUACGUGAUCCAGGGCAUGGCCAACAUCGAGAGCCUCAACCUCAGCGGCUGCUACAACCUCACCGACAACGGGCUGGGUCACGCAUUCGUGCAGGAGAUCGGCUCCCUGCGCGCCCUCAACCUGAGCCUGUGCAAGCAGAUCACCGACAGCAGCCUGGGCCGCAUCGCCCAGUACCUCAAGGGCCUGGAGGUGCUGGAGCUGGGGGGCUGCAGCAACAUCACCAACACCGGCCUUCUGCUCAUUGCCUGGGGACUGCAGCGCCUCAAGAGCCUUAACCUGCGCAGCUGCCGCCACCUCUCGGAUGUGGGCAUCGGGCACUUGGCUGGCAUGACGCGCAGCGCGGCCGAGGGCUGCCUGGGCCUGGAGCAGCUCACGCUGCAGGACUGCCAGAAGCUCACGGAUCUGUCCCUAAAGCACAUCUCCCGAGGGCUGACGGGCCUGAGGCUCCUCAACCUCAGCUUCUGCGGGGGCAUCUCGGACGCGGGCCUCUUGCACCUGUCGCACAUGGGCAGCCUCCGCAGCCUUAACCUGCGCUCCUGCGACAACAUCAGUGACACAGGAAUCAUGCAUCUGGCCAUGGGCAGUCUGCGCCUCUCGGGGCUGGACGUGUCCUUCUGCGACAAGGUGGGGGACCAAAGUCUGGCGUAUAUAGCCCAGGGGCUGGACGGCCUCAAGUCCCUGUCCCUCUGCUCCUGCCACAUCAGCGAUGAUGGCAUCAACCGCAUGGUGCGGCAGAUGCACGGGCUGCGCACGCUCAACAUUGGACAGUGUGUGCGCAUCACGGACAAGGGCCUGGAGCUGAUCGCUGAGCACCUGAGCCAGCUCACGGGCAUAGACCUGUACGGCUGCACCCGCAUCACCAAGCGCGGCCUGGAGCGCAUCACGCAGCUGCCCUGCCUCAAGGUACUCAACCUGGGCCUCUGGCAGAUGACGGACAGUGAGAAGGUCAGGUGAGGGCGGCGGCACUGGCUCCCCGCGUCCCGCCCUGCUCAUCCCCCCUUCACCGCCACCCCCACACACUCACGCACACUUAGGCCAGCCCGUUGCUGCGGAGGAGAUGGGGCAGUCUCCUCCCUCCUCUAGCGCCCCUCCCCGCCCGCAGCCCUCAUUGGAUCUGGGUUCCUGUGCUCUCCGCCCUCCCGGCGUGGCCCUGCGGACGGAGUGAUGGACGCCGUGCUCACCCCCCACUCCUCUGCAGGGGGCGGGGGUGGAGGACUGACUCAGCUACUGUAUCCCCACUGCGCUGCACUUGGAGGGGGUGGGGAGGGACGGUCCUUUCCACCCUGGGGAGUUGAGGAAAAUGUCUGCCUUCACUUACGCUUUCAUUUGAAUACUGUGAUCUGGCUUUUAUUUUGAAAUGCAUAAAAAGCAAACCCAACUACAACGGCCUUUUCACCCUUCUUCCACUUUAACUAGUCCCGGCUUCUCAUCGCUCACCUCUGGCAGUACUCUGCUGUUCAUCUCGUCGUUCCUAGCUUUUUAAACAUUUUUUUGGAAGACAUUUAAAAUCCUGGUCCUUUUUUUCUGCUGAGUAUAUACUAUAUAUAUUAUAUAUAUAAGUUAUAUAUAUAUUAUAUAUAUAUACAUGUGUCUGGCUACCUCGUUUUAGUUUCCUUUUUUCUCUGAAGUCCUGGAAUUCUACAAGAGAGAGAUAUUUUGGAACUGAACAUUUUUGUGCCUAGACUGGAAAGAUGCCCAUUGGGUUGAACAUCUUUUUUGUUUUGGCUUCUUCCCAACCUCCCUCCAUCCAGUGUGUUCCACUUCCACAUUUGGGCUGUGGGAUUUUUUUUUUUGUUUUUCUGCUUUCUCCUGAUCCAUUGGGAUUUGAGAACCCAGUGGUGUUUCUAAGUCUUGACUUAAUUUAUAGCACAAAUGUGUGGAGGAGCUGGGAGCUGGGCUGUCUGGUCUGGCCAAGGUGCGGACUGUGUCUUGAGAACGAUUAUAUAUAUGCAAAUUCUGCCCUGCCCUCACCUCCCGUCCCCAGGCAGGUCCCACGGCAGGCUUCCUGCUGGAAGGAGAGCAGACCAGGCCGAGAGCCCAGGUGCUGCA